AGACUGUAACCGGACCGGAUAUGCACCAAGGUCGCGGUAGAACCGGUCAGGUCCGGUUUUGAUUAACACCGGAAGGAAUACCAAAUGAAUUGAAUUCGUUGGCUUUGUACGAUCGGCUGCAUCAAUCAAUCUUCUGCGUCGAUUUCUAAAUCUGAUUCCCCCUUUCGAUCUCUCUUCUCUCGCGAUUCUCCAAGGGUUUUUGUUUACCGCCGCUUUUCUCCUGUACAUCAAGGUUUCUCCGAUCAUAGGAGACAGUCCUGAGUUGCCUUGCCCCUUGUUUUGUUCUCUUCUUAUCAGGGGCUUAAAGAUUCAUCAAAAGGCCAAGAUAAAUACCUAAUCUUGGUGCAAGUCUUAAGUAGAAGAACAUCAUUUCUAAGAGGCACCUUUUUAACAUGGCAAAUCCAUUACGGCUAUAUCUAGCCUGCAUAAAGAAUACCCUCGAGGCAGCUAUGUGCUUACAGAACUUUCCGUGUCAAGAAGUUGAAAGGCAUAAUAAACCAGAGGUUGAACUAAAGACGAGCCCAGAACUUUUGCUAAAUCCUGUUUUGAUAUGCCGUAAUGAGGCUGAAAAGUGUUUGAUAGAAACAUCUAUAAAUUCACUCCGGAUAAGCCUCAAGGUCAAACAAGCGGAUGAACUUGAAAACAUACUAACCAAAAAGUUCCUUAGAUUCUUGUCCAUGAGGGCAGAAGCUUUUCAAGUACUGAGGAGGAAGCCAGUGCAGGGAUAUGACAUUAGCUUUCUUAUAACAAACUAUCACUGUGAAGAGAUGCAGAAACAGAAGCUAAUCGAUUUCAUUAUUCAGUUUAUGGAGGAUAUAGAGAAAGAAAUAAGCGAGUUGAAGAUAUCAGUGAACACCAGAGGAAGACUCGUGGCUACAGAGUUUCUGAAACAGUUCAUGUAAAGCAACUGCGUUGUUAUAAUGUAAGCACUCAUUGUAUUAAUCACUCAUUAUUUGGUCAAAUUCAUCUACACAUAUAAUAAGUUUUUUCUUCU